AUGGCUGAAGAAGCACCACCGCCAGUACCACCGGGUGUGGUCGACAAGUUCGCCCUCUUUACCAUGGCUAUCGACGACGUCGAGUCGCUCAACCUGUCGCUCGCACUGGGACCUCCGCCAGAGGCCAAGGAGGAGAGGAAGCAAGGACCAGGAGAAGCAGAGCGGGGAAAGGUCAUCAACUUGGCAGAUGCUAUGCGCCGCUGGGCAAAGUUCUCGGCAUCUGCCACUGUCAUCCAGCGUGCUGUCCGCUCGUGGCUCGCCCGCCGCGGCUUCCGCGCGCGCGCCCCGCUGGAGAUCAUGGCAGCCAAGGCCGAGGCCGAGUCUGUGCUCCUCGCAGAUCGCCGCGCUGCUGCGGUGAACGAGCUGAUUGAGACCGAAGAGGCUUACCUCAACAAGCUCCGCCUGCUCCGUACCUUUUACAUUGAGCCGCUCACCGACAUGCUUGCAGAGUCCAAGCCGCUGCUCUCGGCCUCACAGCUUCGCAGCUUGACGUCCACCCUCGAUCCGCUCCUCAAGCUCACCGAGACCACGCUUGGCAAGCUUCACGCAGCCGUUGAGGCGGCCGGCGGUGAUCUGACGCGCGCCGCGGUAGGCGCUGCACUUGCCGAGCUCGUCCCCUACCUCAAACAGUACAAGGCGUACGCCAACAACUACCAGUACGUCAUGGCUGUGCUGGAGACGGCCAAGGCCGACUCGUCCGCCAUGGCCAAGUUUCUUGACGAUGCCUACCAUGCCUCGGGCCGCAACCCGUACUCGAUGCUCCUAAUGCAGCCGAUCCAGCGGCUGCCGCGGUACCUGCUACUGUUCAAAGUGGUUUUCAAAGCGACUCCCGCGACCCACCCCGACACCGUCCCUGUUAGCGACAUCAUCACUUCGCUCGAGGAAGUUCUCGUCGACGUCGACGCCGAGGUCUCACGCGCUCGCAACGUCAACACCAUGCUCGCGCUGCAGGAGCGGCUGACCGGCGCGGCGCCCAUCCUCGUCGCCGACUCCCGCGCGCUUGUCCACCAGGGCCUGCUUGUCCUGGCCUCGGGCGACGUUCGUGAGGCCUUUCUCUUUACCGACAUGCUCCUGCUUUGCACGCAGGUCAAGUCGGGGCCCAAGCUCAAGGUCAAGGACGUCCUAGCUGUGCCCACCAUGUACGUCACCGGCCUGCCUGAUGAUGCCGAGGACAGAUCAGAGCUUGGCUUCCGCAUCGUCGCCGUCUCCAAAGUCAUCACUGUCUUUGCGAGGAAUGCUGACGACCGCGCAGACUGGAUCACCGCUGUCCUCACCCUCGUCGCCGACCACGUUCGCCGUGACCCCUCGCUCGUCGCCGCCCGCCGGCCGUCGCCCGAAGCCAGCGAUGGCACAGGCAGUGCCAACAUCCCACCGGCCCUUAUUCCGUCGUCAGUCCACCCGACACCGUCGAUUGAGCUGCCGGCGCUCGACGUCGACAACCUCCGCUCCAUCUUUACCAUCCGCUACCUCCGCGCCUCGGUCCUUGCCGAGUACGAGGGCGUGCUCUCCAAGCGCGGCGUCCGCAACACCAGCUUCCGCAAGCGAACCUUUAUCCUCCUCGACAAGUUCCUCUACUACUUUAAGAGCACCAAAAAGGCGGCCGUACCUGCCGGUGUCAUCCCGCUCACCCGUACCUCGCUUGUUCAGUCGCGCGAGUCGGCAAACUCGUCGCAGGGCGGGCCCGAGCGGCGCACCUUUCACCUCCAGGCCCGCUCGUUUGCCGAGUAUAUCGACCUCAAGCAAGCUGUCCACAAGUCACUCGAGACCCCACUCAAGAUCCCCGGCCCCGGCUUUGAGUUCCUACUCUCGAACAUGGUGGGCAAGGAUUGCACCAAUGCCGUCGUCAACCAGGCCGUCCAGCAGCUCGCCGCCUUUACCCUCGCGCCAAUCUCGGACAAGCGCUAUACAAUCAUCAACCGCACUGGCCUAGACAACGUCGUAGGGGCGAUCUGCCACGUCCUCACCACCACCGUUGCCGAGGACGCAGCCAAGUACGCAUGUGUCUGCAUCCGCAACCUGGCCCACUCGCGCGAGACUGCAGCCGCCAUCCAUGACGUCGCCGUCCCGUCGCUGAUCUGGAUCCUCCUCCGCACCGCACCCUACGUUACGCCGAUCGUCAAGCGUGAGGCCGUCUAUGCCCUUCUCCACAUCAACACCCUCUCCCAGCCGAUCCUCUACGCCGAGACCCGUGCCGAGUCGCUCUCCACGGCUGUACUCAAGUACCUUGCCUCUACCUCGCACGUCGCCGGCGACCCGCUCUCCAUUGAGGUCGUUUCGGCCAUGUUCGCCGACGUCGCGUCCAAGGCCUUCCGCCGCACCGCCGUCCUCAACAAGCCCAACUUUGCCAACGUGGUCACUACCCUUCUCCGCCUCUCUGACUACCCGGCAACUGCGGCCCAUGCCGCAUCGGCCCUCGGCUCGCUCGCCUCACACUCGACCAUGUGCCAGCAGCUUCGUUCUGCCGGAAAGACCUCGCUGCUCGAACUCAACGCCGAGUGGGCCGCACUGUUGGUGAGCCACCUCAGCUCGGACAAGAUCUAUCUCGUCCGGGCCGCGCUCCUCGCCAUCCGCAACUUGAUCUCGCGCUCGGUCGUACCGCGUGCCUCGGCCACCACCGCCGUCCGUCGCCUCCUUGCUGCCGGUCUCCUCCCGCAAGUUACCACCAUUGCUCGUGGUGAGCACGAGACGGACGUCCGCAACGGCUGCCGCCUCCACGCCCUCGCCCUGCUUGUCUCGCUUACCGCCUACGACACGCCGAUGACCUCGUUGCUGGACUCGGGCGGCCUCGAGCUUGUGCGGAGUGUGCUUGCCGACGUCUCCGCCGCUCUUGACUCUGCAUCUGAUGGCUCUGCGCUUGACGCGACGCUGAUCAAGCUGCUGUGCCUCGGAGGUUCGAGCGGACCAAGCCGUAUCUUGGACACAGCGCUGUUUGACGACCCCGACUACGAGCCAGGCCUGGUCUCUGGCGAGGCCGCAGGCUAUGCGCUCGACCUCCUCACCCACCUCACGUCGACGCCACUCUUCUCGGUAGCAGCGCUGCCGUCCUUGAUGAUGCCUGGCGGGCGGGCAUCGUCGCUGGUUCCGGCCUCGGCCAUACCCAAUCUGGCCGACGCCGCCCUUGCCUUUGACCCAUUGGCGCUCUGGGCGCUUCUCUCCCAGCUGGCCAAGAACUCCGUGCUGCCGAUUAAUGUCCGCAGCCGUGCUCUCGCCUCGCUGUCUCGCGGGCUCUCGAUCGACUUUGGGGAGAGCCGCGCCGCCAUCGCCGGCUCACUUGUAGACGAUGACGAGCUCCUGCAGGUCAUCGCAACAGCGCUGGACUGGGAGGCGGCUCUGGCACACGCCGCUGAUGUAGGGUCGCUCACUGAGAGCACCUGCGUUUUGGCACCGGAGCGGCUCGACGCGGACGUCGUCGAGUUUCUGGUCAAGUACGAGGGCAUGACCCACACGCCGGCCAUUGUCGCCGCCCGUGAUAGUGGGACACUCUUAUCGUCGUUUACUGUUCCGCCACCAGUCCUGUUCCGCGGCAGCACUGUCGAGUCGCGCCACAUGCUCUCAGCCAUCCAGCUCGCCAUCGCUGCAGCCGAUACCAUCGCCGCACUCUGGGCUUCUGUCACGCCGUCGAAGCAGGCUGUUCUUGGCAAGUUUGGCAGCCUCCUCAUCGAUGGUGUCCUCGAGGUCCUGCCCGAGUGCAAGCUCACCGUCCGCGUCCGCGUCGCUUUUCUUCGCGCCGUGGCAGCCAUCCAUGGUCACACUGCCUUCCGUCCCAACCUCGAGGCGCAAAUACUGCGCGCUGUCCUCGACCACCCGCUCGGCUCAUCGGAGGAAGGCUCUCGGGUCUCGGCCAUGCUUGCGCUCCAGGACCUGCUCCGCGCGACCUCGUUGAACGCAACCAGCGAUGCUGCUGGCGAGGUUGGCGGCAGCAGGGUGAACCCAGCCGAAGCUGUGCUUGCGUCGUUUGCGCCCGGCGCGGCGCCCGAUCCCGGCGCCGGACUCGCCACUUACGCCGCCCUCACUGCUCGCGCCACGCCGGGCGCCAGCAUUGUGCACACUGACAUGGACACGGUUGUUAUUAGCAGCCCUUACAAUGCAUGCGGACCGACCCAGAUGUCUCUCUGCGUCGGUGACCGCGUCCUCGUUGUUCACCGCGCCUCGGCCAUCUGGUGGUACGGCGUCUGCGGCAACCGCCGCGGGUACUUUCCAACGUCGGCCGUGAGCCUCGACUAA